AUGAAGCGACUGGUUGGGCUGGAGGGCGGCAGUGGACAGCAUCUGGCCGAAGUGGCUCAAGUGGCUCUCAGCGAAGACGGGCGUGCGGUGAAGACUCGGGCUAACCCGAUUGGGCAUGGUGCCAACAUCCCCGAGCAACGCCAACUCGUCGAGGAGCAACCACCACCGCGUGAACGCGCCCUGACGGCCUUGAAUCCCGACCCCCACCCCGAUCCCGAUCCUGAUCUCGACGACAAUCGCCCUGCGUCUGGCCACGACGCCGACUCCGUCUCCCUCGUCGACUCGUGCGCCGCCAUCAUCGAGGGCGCCGAUUCUUCCUCUUCCAAGGCACCUUAUACACGUGGGCACCGCCGUCGUUCCACCCACGUUACUCGCCGUGACCUUGAGAAGUUUCAAAAGGACGUCUUGGGCGUCGAAAACCACGCCUCCUGGUACGACGAGGAAAACGGCACCUCGCGUCCCAUCAAUCCUUACGACCCCCAGCUCGAGGAACUGAAUCGUGCCUUUGCGCUCGCCGACAUGUCCAUGAACACCAGUGCUAGUGGAAUGGCGGGUGGGAACAACCCGGGGUCUGGCAUGUUCCCUGGUUACGCGGAUAAUUCUCCCACCCCAAACAUGGGCAGCAUGCCGCGCCAGUCCUUAACUCCUGCUAUCCCUCACCCCUCUCCUCAGCUCAACGGCGGCGGCGCUGGUGCUACUGGACUGGGUGCCGCGAUGAAUGCCACCAUGCCCAUGAAUGCAGGUCACCAAAUGGACUUGCAUCAUCUCUACGAGAUGGUGCUGGAGCUGAGCGAGGUCCUGAAAAAUAAUCGAGAAGUGACUAAGAGCAUUGUCUCGAGUGCCGAGGAGAUUAUGAAAAAUGGCAAUUCUGAGGAUGCGAGUGCCGCUAUGCGACAGGUCAACGGCGAGGUCACCGCGGCCCGAAUUGCCGAACUCGAACGCGCCCUCGCCAAGGAAAAGCGACUAGUCGAAGAUCUCAAGCGGGAACAGGUCGAGAAUACCAAACUGAUCAGUGAAUACGAAGCCAGUGUGAGCACCAUGGUGGAGCAGAUCCGCAACUAUUGCCAAAACAACAACAUGCAUUUCCUGUACCAAAAAAGCCAGUACAACAGCCUUCUCCAGGCGGAGCGCGACGCACAUCUAGCGAGCCGUCUCGACCGGGACUACUGGCACUCACAAACAAUGAAAUGCGCGGAGAUGAUUCGCAAUGCACACCGGCUCCGGUCGGAGGAGGAAGAGCUUCCCGUUCGCAUUAUCGCGGGCCUACAAAAUGAGGUCCGGGCAUACCGCAACGCCUUAGGAAUGGAGCCCGAGAAGGCAGAAGAGGAAUAUGGCUGGGAGAUUCUCAAGGACGCUUCCAGUCCCGAAUAA